CGCUCAUUCUCUGAUGAGUGAGGGCAGUGUUGUCAGCCUCUCUGCCGCGCUCCCCGUGUGCGGACCCACACAAACGGAGUUAGGAACAGUUUGCAAUACGGCAAAGAAGAGGAAAAAUGCAAGACUGCAGACAAAAGGAAUGUUUAACAGAGUUCAAAGGCUAAAGCCAGUGCUUUGGAUCUCCAUGAGUAACCAGACAGAGCUCCCUGCUUCCCCUUCAUGCCUCUCUCAGUUCCUUGACGCCCACCUUUCACCCUCUCUUUCCCCACCUGACCAUUACACCUCCUCAAUCUUCUUCCCUUAAAUGAUGUGGUCUGCGAUCCGUGCCCUGCUCCCGGUGCUUCUGGGUACCGGGGUCCUGCUCUCCAGUGGAGACUCUCCCCGCAAAGAAAUUAAGAUCGACGGGGACCUGGUUCUUGGUGGCCUCUUCCCCAUCCAUGAGAAGGGCAUGGGCAUGGAUGAAUGUGGCCGGAUCAAUGAAGAUCGAGGCAUCCAGCGGCUUGAGGCAAUGCUCUUCGCCAUAGAUCAGAUCAACCAGGAUGUAGGUCUGCUACCAGGUGUGGCUUUGGGUGUCCACAUCCUGGACACCUGCUCGAGGGACACCUAUGCUCUGGAACAGGCGCUGGAGUUUGUUAGGGCUUCGCUUACUAAAGUGGAUGAUACGGAGUUCAUCUGUCCUGAUGGAUCAUACGCUCUUCAGGAAGACAGUCCGCUGGCCAUUGCCGGUGUCAUUGGGGGAUCUUUUAGCAGUGUCUCCAUACAGGUUGCCAACCUGCUGCGGCUAUUUCAGAUACCUCAGAUCAGCUACGCCAGUACCAGUGCCAAACUCAGCGACAAAUCUCGCUAUGACUACUUUGCACGCACCGUCCCGCCAGACUUUUACCAGGCCAAGGCCAUGGCAGAGAUCCUGCGUGCCUUCAACUGGACCUACGUUUCCACCGUUGCCUCAGAGGGUGACUACGGAGAAACAGGAAUUGAAGCCUUCGAGCAACAAGCCCGUUUAAGAAACAUCUGUAUCGCUACUUCGGAAAAAGUGGGGCGUUCGAGUGCGAAACGCUCUUCGUAUGAGGCGGUGGUUCGUCAGCUUCUACAGAAGCCCACAGCCCGUGUGGCAGUGCUGUUUUUGCGUAGCGACGAUGCACGAGAACUCAUCGCUGCUGCCGCCCGCCUCAAUGCAUCUUUCCUCUGGGUGGCGAGUGACGGAUGGGGGGCGCAAGAGAGCAUCGUCAAAGGGAACGAAUUCACGGCGGAUGGUGCGAUCACGUUGGAGCUUGCGGCUCAGCCUAUACCAGAGUUCAACCGGUAUUUCCAGAGCCUCACGCCCCUUAAUAAUCACCGCAACCCUUGGUUCAAAGACUUCUGGGAGCAAAAGUUUCAGUGUUCAUUGGGCGGUGCUUCGGCAGCAGGGGCGGGAACCCCAAAGCCACCUUGUGACCCAGAACUGACCGUCGACAAGUCAAAUUUUGAGCCAGAAUCAAAGAUCAUGUUUGUCGUAAAUGCCGUAUACGCCAUGGCACACGCCUUGCAUCGAAUGCAACGGACUCUUUGUGCCAACACCACACGCUUGUGCGACGCCAUGAGGAGUCUUGACGGCAGAAAACUCUACCGGGACUUCCUACUCCACGUCAACUUUAGAGCUCCGUUCUCCCCUGCCGGUUUGGAAAAUCAUGUAAAGUUUGACGCUUAUGGUGACGGAAUGGGCCGCUACAAUAUCUUCAACUACCAGCUUGUGCCAGGCAGCGACAAGUUCACCUACAUUCAGGUUGGAGAGUGGGCAGAGACUCUUUCCCUAAAUGAGGGCUUGAUCGGCUGGCCGAGGGGAGGGGACGUACCCACGUCUCAGUGCAGUGACCCUUGCGCUCCUAAUGAGAUGAAGAAGAUGCAAGCCGGUGAAUACUGUUGCUGGAUAUGUACUCCCUGCGAGCCCUACGAAUACCUGCCAGAUGAGUUCACAUGCAUGCCCUGUGCGCCUGGCCAGUGGCCCCGUCCUGACCUGACCGGAUGCUACGACCUUCCUGAGGACUACAUCAUGUGGGAGGAUGCUUGGGCCAUUGGACCCAUCACGAUUGCAUGCGCUGGCUUCAUAUGCACCUUAAUGGUCUUCGUUGUUUUCAUUCGGCACAACGACACGCCACUGGUCAAAGCAUCCGGUCGUGAGCUGUGCUACAUCCUGUUGUUGGGUGUCCUCAUGUCCUACAUCAUGACUUUCAUAUACAUUGCAAAACCUUCCCCUAUCGUGUGCACGCUGCGGCGGUUAGGCCUCGGCACCUCGUUCGCAGUGUGCUACUCCGCCUUGCUCACCAAGACCAAUCGCAUUGCUCGCAUCUUCAGUGGUGUGAAAGAGGGCGGAGCUCAGCGGCCACGCUUCAUCAGUCCCAGCUCACAGGUGUUCAUCUGUCUGUCGUUGAUCUCCGUGCAGCUCUUGUUGGUGUCUGUCUGGCUGCUCAUAGAAGUGCCCGGCACACGGCGAUUCACAACGCCCGAGAAACGCCAGACUGUCAUUUUGAAGUGUAAUGUACGGGACUCUAGCAUGCUGCUGUCGCUGAGCUACGAUGUGGUUCUGGUAGUCCUCUGCACGGUCUACGCCUUCAAGACCCGCAAGUGUCCAGAGAACUUCAAUGAGGCCAAGUUCAUCGGCUUCACCAUGUACACCACCUGUAUCAUCUGGCUGGCCUUCCUGCCCAUCUUCUACGUCACCUCCAGUGACUACAGGGUCCAAACCACAACCAUGUGUAUAUCUGUCAGUCUGAGCGGAUUUGUGGUGCUGGGCUGCAUGUUUGCCCCCAAAGUCCACAUCAUCAUGUUCCAGCCUCAGAAGAAUGUCGCCAGUCAUCGGUUAAACAUGAACCGGUUCAGUGUGAGCGGGCCGGCCACUAGCUACGCAUCCCACGCAUCUGUGAGCGCCCACUUCGUCCCGACAGUGUGCAACGGCAGAGAGAUUGUCGACUCCACCACUUCCUCUCUGUGACCCCACCCUUCCUCCAGACCCCUGCCCCUUAGCGACUGUUAGCCAAUCAGCACACAUUGUGCUAUACCCAAGAACUAGGUCUGCCUACAGUGUGUAGAAAGUGUGUAUGAUUAUGAUUAUUAAAUUAUUUUUAGGGCUUGUUGUAAAUAUUAACUGAAGUUGUAAAGAAACAAAAGAACAAAAUAAUCCUUUAUAGAAAGAUUUUGGAAACUUUUGUUUUGAUAGCUUUAUUAUGUAUGUUGUCAACGGCCAUGACGUGAUGAUGUAAAACACAGACCCGUUUUUGACUGGACCACAGUAGAGACUGACAGAAACGGCUCCACCUACAAUACUGGACACUGGACUUUGUUGUCGUUUUCUUUUGUAGGCCUCAUUGUAAUAACCUAACUGUAUGUAUUUCUAUGUUGUACAUUUUGUACAGAAUCUUAACCGAUGGUUUUAUUAGCACAAGCCGACAGUAUUAGAGUCUACACUGGUCAUGAGGUCCAGAGCAGAAACCACAGAGUGGUCAAAAUUCACGUCGUCUCAUCACAGGCAGUGGCUUGACGCAAGAGGUUACAACCCAAUUUUAGUACAAUGUCAUGACAUCUGAAAGCAUAUUACAUUAACUGCAUCUCAUAAGCAUUGUAUUCAGAUUGGCUGUGAUGCAUGUUUAUGUUGCAACACAGAUAUGCAGUGCUAAAAGACGUUAUAUGUUUACAUUGCCUGUGACGAGAAGCCUUCAGGGACAGAAAGUCUGGAAGAUGAGCAUGUGAGGCACUUUACAAAGUUGACUUACCUAUUUUCAACCAUCAUGGUGCCAUUGCUGGUGCCGUUCCAUACUUCUGGAUGCACGGAUCAAAGAUGAUUUGCCAGAAAAAGACAGGGCCACUCCUGUCCCUUAAACCUGCAUGUGACAAAGCAAGAGUUCAAAUUUUCAGAGCUCAAAUAUUAGGAUAAUGUCCUCACCAAAUAUACUUUUUAAAACAUAAAUCAGAAUUAGAGGUAACUGGAAAAACUUAAGUAAUUGGAAAGUGGAAGUAAUUAGAAAAUCAUAAAUUUGCAAAUAUUUAUAUUAUCUUUUGCUCACCAAAGCUACAUGUAUUUAAUCAAAAAUACAUCAAAAACAGAGAUUUUGUGAAACAUUAUUACAAUUUAAAAUAACUGUUUUCUAUAUUAGUCGAUUUUAAAAUGGGAUUUAUUUCUUAAACGGCAAAGCUGAAUUUUCAGCAUCAUUACUCCAGUCUUCAGUGUCACAUGAUCCUUCAGAAAUUCUAAUAUGCUGAUUUGCUGCUUAAUAUUUCUGUCUAUCCCAACUCUGGCACCGAGUUUCCAUUUCAGUGGAAAACUGGUGAUAAUCAGUUAGGUUUCUGAUGUGUGAAAUGCUUUGUGAUGCAGUGAAUGUAAAAUGUAUCCUGUUGCUCAAUAUCGGCUUGUUGUGCCUUAUCAUUUGUCCUGUAGUUUUAAUAUGACAGGUUCCUCAGAGCCUUUGGGCAGGAGGGGGCCAGACCAUUUUUUUAAAGACGUCUUUUUUUACAUUUCAAAAGUUUUAUACAUUUCUAUGUUUUUUUUUUUUGUUGGUUCGUUUGGAAGAGAGUGGGACACUGGUUCUUUCGACAAGCUUAAGAUUGAGUUAAAAGUUUGACUGAUUGCUUGUUUUUAGCUUGCGGUUUUCGCACGGCCUCAAGGGAUUCUCUACAAUAUCACGUUACCUAAUGCAAGUGUCAAAAUCAUGUCACUGUAGGAUCAUCCACUCUUAGCUCAUCAUGAAGAGACAUAGUAAACAAACAUGUAACAGUAACCUAGAAAUGCUAAAGCUCUCAACAUUCAUAAUUCAUCAGCAUGGCAGCAGAGGAAAUCAUUUGUGUGUCAGUUAACAGUACAGGAGGUGAACAUGCACAGCAGGAACGAUAAAUCAGAUGACAGAAAAACAGAACCAAUGAAUGACAGAUUUAGUCUUCCAGUGGAGACGGACUCGCUCAUAGAAACUCAAGAUAUGUAGUGCAACUAUUACACACACACAUACAAUCAAUUUGUAGCCGAGCCCAUAUAUACUAUAUGCUUGUUCAGUUUUUCCCUUUCCCACCUUUAUUUAGUCAUUACUUCUGGUGAAGAAUAGGAUUACGUAUUUCAACAAGUCCCAAACCCUUAAUAAAUGUUGUUAGGUAACGCAAAUCUACAGCUUUUGCCUGUCAAAUGAUUAAAAGUUCUAAAAAUGAAUUGGACUAACAUUGAUGAAGAGAUUCAAGUCAUACCUAAGCAUCAGAAGAGACACAGACUUGCCAGCUUACCUUAGCGAUCACAUUGUAAUGCCCUGGAAACCACUCAGAACAUCCAAGAAACCAAACAACUAAACAGUAAGAUGUUAAAAAACCACCAAGAACAUUUUAGCAACUGAAAAUCAAUGCACUGGAAACAACUCAGAACACCUUAACACCUCCAUAGUAACAUUUAAAACACUCAGAACACCCUAGCAACUGCCAAACAACAUGCUAAAACCAUUUAAAAUGUGUUAAGAACCUCAUAGCAAUGCCCUGGAAACCACCCACAACACUUUAGCAUCUGCAAAGGAAUGUGGUAAAAACAACAAAUGCAAGAACCACUUAAAACUUCUGAAAAACUGUAUAGCAACACCCUGGAAACUGCCUGGAAGUGGAACACCUUAAAAACUAACUUAGGAAAUGCAUAACCUUAGGAAAUGCAUAGCGACACCCUGGCAACCAUCCAAAACAACCUAGUGACGGCACAGUCACAUGGCAAAAACCACUAUGAGAAAUUUAGCAACUGCUUAAAAAUGCCCUGGAAACCAACCAUAGUACCUUAGCACAUGCAUGGUAACAUACUACAAAUUUCUCAAAAAAACCACCCUAGCAACUGCAUAGGAACAUUUUAAAAUACACCUUAGAAACUGCACAGUAACAUUCUAAAAAACCAUCCAGAAAAUAACUGCAUAGCAACACUCCGUAAACCAAUCACGUCCUAGCAACAGUACAGUAACAUUCUAAAAACCACUCAGAGCAGCAUAGCAGUUGCCUAGCAACACCCUGGAAACAAGUACUGUGGCGGUAACUUUGUCAAUAUCAAUAAAUAUUUACAUUAUUUUGCACUUUGAGUAAAGUAACAGUGGAAGAACUUCAAAACAAAAGGCAACGUAAGGACAGCAGAUACAGGCCACUUUUGAAACAAAGAAAGUUACUAAGUCAGUGAGUGCAGAGUAAUAAACAGCGUGCGGUUAUGUAAAGCAGUUCGCUGCCCCAUAAACUCCAGCAGCUCAAUGCUUUUGUGGCGAGGCUUACAGUAAAACACCCUCCCAAAAUCUGCACACAUCCUCUUUCUGCACGUUAAGUUCCUAGGGGUCCUCGUUCCAGACUUAGCCUCUUUGUGAAUGUUUCUGAGAGAAGAAAAAGUCAAAUGUGGCGGUUUCGUUCGAGUGGCUUCGAAAUGGUUUAGGAGGGAUCCAAGACUGCAGUCUGCCCAGAAACACAAAUAGAGAGCGAGCCUCCCUCACCCACUGCAGCAAUCUCAUUUCAGAGUGGGGAUCGAGGGUCUUACUGCAAAAGCAGUCGGCUAUGUCUAAACGUGUCACUGUGUGGGAAAGUUUAAAGCAAACUUUCAUAGAUCGGUUCAUGUUUGACAUAAAUCUUCAGACCAUGGAAGAAUGGAUUGAUUGGAGUCCUCAAUACGGUUAGGUUUAUAAACAGUUUGGUUUUGAAAGAAAAAGUGACAUCUGUCCGUAUUCUAUAACUAAAGUGACUACUUCACACUUACAGGUAUCACAUCUGAAUUCAACAUGGAGUUGAUGUGUGUGCAGAACUACACACAUUAAAUAGUGGAGCAUGUAUUAUAUAGGCCGAGAGCAAGAUAGAAAUUCUGUUAAACUAACAGUUCACCUAAAAAGAUUGAAUGUACCCCUCAGGCCAUCCAAGAUGUAGAUGAGUUUGAAUGUUUGAAAUGUG